AUGGCAGACAAGAGCAAGUAUAAAGCUAUUGAGGAUAAGGGACAGCGUCUUGUAUUUGUUGACCAUGCACGUAAACGCCUCUACACUUUGGACAUUGUUCAGUAUCUCAACAAGAAUCUUGAACUGAUGAGGAAUGAUAAAGCUGAUGAUGUGGAUUAUGUUGCAAAAGCCACUGAGCUCGACUUUGUUCGUCGCAAUAUUGGAAGUGGUUGGGUUCCUGUUGUGCUUUCCUGCAAGAGCUUCUUGAUGUGCAGGUCGGAUUCUGGGUUCCAUUUGAUCAACCCUGCAACCGAGGAAUGGAAGAAAGUACCAAAGACACCACUGACAAAGAUGUCUUUUUCUUGGGAGCUAUAUGGGUUUGGAUUUGAUGAGUCCACUAGUCAGUACAAGGUGAUUGAAGGGAAGGGGGGCAAUGAUGGGUUUGUGUUUAGUGUUUAUGCUUCCUUGACUGAUUCUUGGCGAAAGAUCGAGACUCUAUACCCCUACAAACAAACUCGUGUUUGUAGGAAGGAAGGGAUGUUGCUGAAUGGGGCUGUUCAUUGGUUGGUCAAGCGAGAUGGAUCCUUGGUGAUUAUAUCUUUCCUUUUAGCAGAGGAGGAGGUUAGAGAAAUCCAAGUACCGCCUAGUUGCAGCACUGGGUUAGUUGUGUGUGAUUUUGAUGAUAAACAUUGCUGGAGCUUCUCGAUUAGUCAUAAUAUGGGUGAAGUUGGUGGUUUUGGUAGCAUGGGUGUCUAUGUGGAGAACCUUAAGCCUCUUUUUGAUCAAGAACAACUGGAUAAAAGUAAGGCUGAUUGA